AGUUGCAUUUAUCGUUGAUCCUCUCCCUUCUAAUCUAACGCCGACGACCGAGGCAAGCUCUGAGCUGUAAGACCUCACCACUUAUCAGUAGUUCAUCAUGCCUUCUCGCUCAGUCAUCAUUACAUACACUACUCACCCGCCAUCAUCCCCGCUUCUCGCUUCUGCCAUCAAGGGUAUACGUGCCCAGCUUCCUCUGCGCAAUCUCCACUGGAAGCCAUCUACACGCACCUCCAUUCGAACGAUUCAGGAGCUUGACGUCCGGUUCAUAGAAUUAGGCGAAGCUGGAAGUCUAGGGAAAGAACCAGGUGGAAGUGUGCUGGAGAGCCCGUUGGUUCACUUGUGUCUUGUCGCUUGCGAGAAUGACGAAGUUUACAAGAACCAAACACGCUCAUUCAUACGCGACUGGCAGUCUCUCCUUGCAGCGAAGAAAGGAGCCUACGUGCCUAUGAUUGUGCUCGUUAACCCGUCUACAACAGGAGGAUCUGGGAAGAAUGUGUUUGGCAGGGACAAAGGCGUCUUCGGGAAGCUCAAAGCAGACUUCAAUCUGAAUAAGAAGGAGCGAUGUGUCCAGCUUAAUCUCCCUCCAGAAGGGACCAUCGAUCCGACGGUCUGGCCAGAUGUGAUGAAUAAGCUUAAAAAGAGCAUCAUCUCAGCCUUCGACAACGUGAUAGUAGAGCGCGAGGAAGACGUCAAGCGCGGAGAGGCGCAGAGGUUGACGGUGGGAUGGAACUUUUGCACAUGGUUCCUGCUCAAGGAAUCUCUUGCCUACUCUUUCGAAGGCGUCAACCUCUACGAGGAUGCCCUCAUCGUGUAUGAGGAAUUAGAGGCUGCCUUUUUCCAGGUCCUCAAGGAACAAAACCUGUCUUGGUUUGGGAAGCUAGGAGCUACAGGCCCUAAAGAUGAUUCGCUACCGAUUCUGGACACCGACACCCGACCGUAUCGCGAGUUACUCCAAAAGAGCUCCAUUUCGAUCUUCGAUUUCCGGAUAUACGUCUUUGCGAGGCAGGCUCAACUAUUGGGAAAGAUCGGCCGUAUCACAGAAAUCGCAAAACGUGGUCAAUGGUUCGUCGCAAGUCUAGCUAGGCGAUUAAGAGAGAACGAGGCGGAUCUGGCUGAACAUUUCAUCGAAUCCUGGACUUACUCGACCUGUAUGAACAUCGUGCAGAAUUGCGACGAAUGGUCACGGAUAGACCGACCCAACGGUGAUUACUCGGGCUUGAUAGCGUAUGAAAGUGCGAGAUCGGAACUCUUGGACAUUGCGAGAGUCCAGACUGAGCGGAUCGGAGUAGCGAGUGGUCAUCUGCCAAACGUCUACCCUUUCGCGCCCUCGUCUGCUCUCAGCACGGCAGCUGAUAAUGUUCUAUUUGAAUCCUCCGAGUCAGGCUCGACAAACGGCGAGGCUGUACAUUCAGAGCCUCGUUCGACCCUGUCAAAUCGACUCUUACUGGACGCUAUGAAGGACACGAGGACGUACAGAGAGAUGUACGCCCAUUUGACACGCAAGGCCGUAUCAGCAUACGAAGCAUGUGGAAAGCAUAACUCGGUCAUACGGUUGAAAGCCGAUCUCGCAACACUGGCAUUGCUCGACGAGAAUUGGAAGCUGGCUUACGACCUCUGUCGGCAUCUUGCAAAAGACUGUGCAGAUUUAGAGGUCUGGGAUAAAGUCGCCGGACGAGCGCUUGCUGGAGCCUUACGAGCUCAUCGACACCUGGGCUUGGCUUUUGACGAAGAUUGGGUCAAUCUCGCGCUAGCUUAUCUCCGCGUCUGUGCCCUGUCAAAUGGAGAGGGUGAACUGGAGACUGUCCGAGAAGAAGUACAAGAGGUCUUGGCGGAUCUCGCACAAAGCAAUAUUCAGCUGGCUGCCACUGCUCAUCCUGCUUUCAGCGUCCAGAUACUGGACAGUCAGUCUGCCCAGUCAGAUUCUACAGACAUAUCGACUCUGCGGAUCGGGAUCACGAAUGAGCUGCUUUCGCAAGUCGAAUCAUCUUCCAUUUUGCUUGAGCUGGAGGAUUCUGCCGGUGAACAGAUUCUGUACAGCUGUGCAUCCACGCAGAUACCGCCUGGUAACUCGUCUCAUGCUUUGAGGUGCACCACGUCCAUCCAAGGUAUUUUCUAUUUACGCUGUGCGAGGCUAUACAUUGGUGCGGUCGAGCUGGUGUAUCUUGUCGACGACCCUUCCUUGUCUAUUCACAUCCGUCGACAUUCUCACGGCCCGUCUCUGGAGAUGAAGCUGCCAUCUAUCGUUGCUCUUGACAAGGAUCAAAAAGUCUUUGUGGAAGUUACGGCUGGCGAAUGGCCAAUCUCAGGGAUGAAAGUUGUCGUUGAAAGCUUCGAACCCGAGGUCAGCUUCGCAAUGUCUCGUGCCGAAGGAUCUGGAAGCACCAUUUCCGCAUCGGAGAAUGAAAUCCUCAUUGGCGAUUUGAAUCCGAGAGCAUCCACGAGCUUUCUCGUCCCGUAUCAUUCGGAAGCCCACAAUGAUCGGAUACGGGCAAGCAUCCGCUUGCAGUACGAGACGGAAGGACACAGCAGAAAUUACAUCGAUACUCAAACUCUGUCAACCGCCCUCCCUCUCACAGUCAACGUCCAAGACUUCUUCCGGCCAACUUUUCUCGUUUCACACUUCACCAUCGCCUCGGAUGGCAGACGCCAUCUCCGGGUGAGAUCCGUCGAACUUUUAGCGGAUGAGAAUUCGGGUCAUGAAGUGACGAGCGCAGUGAAGGGAGCGACGUCGCCGUCGGUGAUUGUACCGCCUUUCCAGCCCCUCUCGUGUCUAUUCAGGAUUCGCCGAAAUUCAUCCUAUGAGCCCAGUGCAGAUCCACCAGUCCUGCGUCUGGUCAUCAGCUAUACAUCUCUGGAUGAGGAGUUCGAAACUAUCUUGCACUCCACACUCAAGAAGGGGAAAUUUCCGGCUGCUCUGAUGAAAUCGGUCCGAGCCUUGCUGAAUGAUUCCUCUGCCUGGUUGCAGCAAUAUCUCGUAUCCAGCGAUGCCGCCGAGGUCUGCAAAAGUACCUUGAAGUCGUUUGCUCCUCCCGAAGACAUAUCAGAAGCAGAUAUGGAGUCGUUCGCCAAGACAGUCGAGGCAUCGAGAGAAAAUUCUCUGCCAUGGAGACGCUUGGAGAUACCGGUCGAGUUGCCAGGUCAGCGACUCCUCACGAUGGCACACUUUGAACAUGCUGAUGGUGCUGCAUCGGUGUACGAAGGACGAGCCAUAUCUUUGAUUCUGCACUUGACAUCCUAUUUUGACUGGCUGGACGAGGUUUCGCGGGACCUCAGGCUGUUCUUCGAUAUUCAGGUCAAUGGAGACGACUGGAUCGUGUUGGGCAAAAAGAAAGGCUUCUACAUGCCUCGGCGAUCCCAAAACGAUACGUUCAGUAUCGUCCUCGUCCCCGUGAGAGCGGGACGGCUCAAUCUACCCGUCGUUCAAAUUCAUCCUGUCAAUCCGAAAGAUUCCGCAGACGGAUCUUUGAUCUGCGAAACAUACGUUGACAAUGCUGCCGAGAGCAUCGAGGUGUUCCCAGCCAAGAGUAGUGCGAUGGCUCUCAUACCAAUGUAGAUCACUGCGGAUCAUCUUGCGCCGCUCGUGUCUUCCCUGAGAUGUUAUCCUAAUCAUUUCAUACCGCCGCCCAGACCGGAUCCGAAUAAUGUUCCAGACGCAGAUCUUAGUAACAUGAUCCUGAUUCAAACAACUUGCUCAGGGGAGAUGUGAUAGGCUACUCUAAUGGAUUGAUACACAGGGGC